AUGUCUCUUCCAUACGCAGCAGACGCAGAGACAUCGCUCUCUCCGUCGGAGCUGCAGGUGCUCAAGUCACAGUACGAGACAGAACUGGCUUCAGGUCACGUCACCACACAGACCAAGUUCAACUAUGCAUGGGGUCUGGUCAAGAGCAAACAAAGGGCCGAGAUGAGCAUUGGUGUGGGUCUUUUGACAGAAAUCUAUCGCUCGGACCCACCAAGAAGACGAGAGUGCCUCUACUACCUGUCGCUCGGGCACUACAAGAUGGGCAACUACGAUGAGGCUAGAAGGUUCAAUGCGCUUCUGAUCGAACGAGAACCCAACAACCUGCAAGCACAGAGUCUCAAUCAACUCAUCGAAAAGGGAGUCGCUCGAGAGGGCUACAUCGGUAUGGCAUUGAUCGGCGGUGCUGCUGCGGUAGCUAGUAUCGCCAUCGCAGGCCUCAUGCGUCGCGGACGUCGCUAA